AUGCCUUUCGAUGUUAGUGAACCUCAAGUUGAAGGACACGACGGCUUUGCCAGAUUCUACUGGAAACAUGACGAACAAUUGCAUCCUUUGAGAAGGAAAAAAGGUAGUGCAGAGGAUGGUCAUGCUCCCAUGGAAAGAACAAGAUAUGCAUAUGAGAAGUACCGUGAAGUUAGAAGUCAAAUUACAUCUGGUCGAACCUUUACAGUAAACUUUGACGAAGGAAAGAACAAAGAAGGCUUCAUGGGUGUACUUGCUGCCAUACAAGACGGAAAUAAGAAAGGACACAAUCUCAGAUUGACCAUAACAGAUUUGGAUGGUCACAUUUACUAUGCAAAUGGCAAUGAACAAACAGCUGCAAAACUUCUUGACGCUUUCAAGACUACAAAGAGAGAACAAAUGGUUGACUCCGACUCAGACAUUUUGAAUGCAAUUGAAGGAAUUGCAAGUGUCAAGUUCGAAUGGUACCAACCUAACCCUCAAGCAGUCAGACAACAUGCUGGAUACUUCCCGUUCAUAAAUAAGUCUGACAUUGACUUGACAAGGUAUGGAAUUUACAAUUCAAUUGAAACAAUUGUCAACGAACCUUGCAUUCUUACAUGUCUCAGGAACUCUGGUCUUGUUACAGAUGAGAAGAUGAAGUAUCUUGAGUCAUGUGUGAAGACAAGGUACAUUCUCAGAGGUCAAUUGGCAAAAAUUGCACCGUUGGCAAAUGUCAAUAUCCGAGUCAACAUACCUACAGCUAAAGGUUCUUCACAUGACGACUAUGUUGUUGAGUUCAAUUUACCAUGGUUGAAGAUUGUAAUUGUCCACAACCACUUCAUGUUGAACGAAAGUCUUACAAACCCAUUGUUCGGAAAAGGCAAGUGCAACAUUGUCAGAGCU